UGGCUCGUUCUGUGGGCCCCCACCAGUUGUUACAAACAGCAGUUGGACGUUGCCGUGUGUUGGUGAUAAGAAUGAAAUGUGUCACUUUGUCUGUGAUUGGGGCUUCAAAGCCAACGGUCUUACGUACACGCAUUGUAAGGACGACGGUCAUUGGUCAGAUCCUGGAAGGUGUUCUAUUAUGCACUGUGGAGAGCUACCAACCAUUCAUAAUGGAGAAUGGAGAACGAAUUGCGAAAAAAACUACGGAACCAACUGUGCGUUUCUGUGUAACGAUGGCUACAUUGUUCAUGGUGCUACAACUGUCCAGUGUAUGUUUAAUGGUGUAAGAACGUAUUGGUCAGCGCAUGGUGGCUGUGUAGGAGUUCCAGAGAAAUCUGUCGCCCCACCUGUGGUUAAGGAUGGCGCACCAUUUUCUGCUUUCUGUGAUGCCGACAUUGCCUGGGUUCCAGAAAAUAUAAAGGGAAUCAUAAGUAUUCAAAUGUCCUUGAAAUCACCGAGUGGAUCUUCAGUGACCUACGGCUACUUACAAGAUUUUCCGUACUCUUCUGAGAUUGGCGACAGUCCAGAUUGGGGCGUUACCUUUUAUGGAGUAGGACCGAAAAACAAGUAUGGCUUGUUGCAUAGGAACAAAUUUCGUAUGCGAAUCGACGUACCCCAUGCUAGCACCGCUGAUAGAGGCGUGUUUUGUUGUGAAAUCGCAUACUCCGACUCACAGUCAAGUUAUGAAGCUAGCAGUAGAUGUCAAGACAUUAGAGUUGGUAACAAAGCCAUAAUCCAUCCAAGUGUAGCCAUCCCGGGAGAAUAUGUGACAGUAUCAUGCGACGCUGAUUUGGCUGGGGUACCAAUUACAGCGUCAGGCUUGGAAUAUCUGAUGUUAACGUGGAAUAAACACGAGACGGAGCCAAGUUCUAUGCUUAUGUAUGACAUUUCAGGAGAUCCUGGAAAUACAACUGCCUUAACACAUAUAACCAAACCCAGUUGGACGCAAAAAAGGAAUUAUUUCAUGAACGGACCGAGACCUGUAACAGACCGCGUUACAUUCAACAUGAAGUUUGUUGCCACUAUAGGUCUGAGCAUCAAUCAGUUUCAAGUCACGUACUCUGGUUGGUAUUGUUGUGGUGCUGCUUAUGUCGACAAUCGAGAUGAGAGCAGAUACACAUACGGCUGUCAAUAUUUACCUGAAAGCAGACGUAUUGUGCAACUAUAUGGUGAGAAGACAUAUCCUCUUGAACAGGCAGUAUCGAUAUUCAAACGCGCCAUCAAUAUGAUGUAUUCUUUUCUUAUUUUUCUAAUGAAAUGGAUUGUGGUUUAUUAACAGUACUUUUAUUUUUCUACUUCAAACAAAGCAUGUGUGGUUUAUGUGAUUUCCAUUUAAUCCUUCGCGAACUUUGAUAUUAGUGUAAAAAAAUUACAUUGACGUUUUAUUUUAAAACAAUUAAAUAGUGGAAGUGAUUUAUAAAUCUUUAUUAAUACCGAAUUGAAAAACAAUUACAACUUUACAUAUAACAAUUUUUUGGACUUCUUUACUUUGAAGGUAAUCAAUGAAUUUUUUACCUUCGUAUCAUCUUCUCACAAAUAUUUUUAUAGUUAUAAUUUUACUGAUCUGUGUUUAGUACGUCUCGCAAUAAUUUUUAUUAUUAUAUCCGCACAUCGCGGUAGAAAUGUUGUGCCAAGAAAAAACAAAAAAUAGUGUUUAACCUUUUGUUUGCUUUACGUUUAAUUUUUACGGUAACGUUUUUUUAAAAUGAAUUGGAUAACAUUUGUAUUUAUAAAAUCAGUAUUCAUUUGAAAUAUUUUGUGACCAUACUAAUGUUGUAUAUUAUUUGAUUUAAUGAAUAUCACCUAAAAUUUGAGUGCAAAUGUAAAUUUACUAACACAUUUGGUAAAGUUUAUGAAAUUGUUAAAAUGUUGCACUCGUAAACCAUCAUUUUGAAAAAGUCCUCAUCCACAUAUUUUCUUAAAUUCAUUUGCAUUGUUUUUAUUUUACCAUUUUGACUUGUAUUAGCGAAACGGAAUAGCAAUUUAAAAUAUUUUAGAUAACGACCAUUAACUAGAUGAUGUUGUUAUCCUACUUUACUAUACUAUUAAGUUUAAUUACAUUUAGGUACCUUUAAUACCAAAAUGUAUUUAAUUAUCAAUGAAAUUUACUUCUAACCGCACUAGAGUUCCUGGUGUAUCUACUUUUUAUUGAUAGCAAUACUUUGUAUCUUCUAAUAUUUCUUCCUUGCAUCAAAAUACUAUUAAUUGGUUAGAUUUUUUAAAAAUUAAAUAUUGAUACAUUUAAUUUUAUGUGUAAACUAUGUAUAAUAUAAUAACACAAUAAGCUGAUUACUUUUUAGGCACCAACACAUUUUUAUUCUCGGUUUUUACAAUAUUUAUCUUUAUUAAAACCAAGUAUUUUA